AUGGUCUUCUUAUCUCCAACUACCUCUACCACCUCAGCAGUCGACGUCGGUCUCAAGCGUGGCCAUGUCGACUAUUAUCGCCACCUAUCGUCGGAAGCCCGUGCCAGGCUUCCUAACCCAAUUAAGUCCAUCUGGAAAGCUGCUCAGGUCAAACCUGGUACCAUCAAUAUGGGAAAUGGUGACCCGCACCAUACGUUGUAUCCCAUAUGCGAGAUGAAUUUUAUCGUUCCUUCCAUUGACGAGCAUGACCCUGUGCAAUCAUGGAGGUCUGGCACUGGCGAGCAAAAUAUUAUUGCUUCAUAUAAGGACGACCCUUGCGCUCUGAGCCUCCGUACUGCAUUCGCGUAUGGUGCUGGUGCUGGUCUCAAGGAGGUUCGCGAUGCUCUCGCAGACCUCAAUGACAGGGUCCACUCUCCCCCAAAUCACACCGUGUCGCUCAGCCUUGGCAAUGCAGAUGCCCUGACAAAAUGUUUCCGUCUUCUCGGUGAUCCGGGCGACUCGUUCCUUUGCGAAGAAUUUACCUUUUCUGCUAUGACCAACGCUGCUCUGCCCCUAGGCAUUGAAUGGGUCCCAAUCCGGAUGGAUAACAAUGGACUUGUUCCUUCAGAUUUGGAACGAAUUUUAUCCAACUGGGACGAAGCAACGCAAGGUAAACGACCCCAUGUGCUUUAUACAAUCCCGUGCUCGCAGAACCCAACAGGAAGCACUCUUUCGUUGGAAAGAAGGCAGCAUAUUUAUCAAAUCGCACACGAUUGGGAUAUCAUCAUCCUUGAGGAUGAUCCGUACUUUUUCCUCCAGUACGAUCUUGGCGUGAACCAGAGUACGAUACAACAGUACGGGUACACGCGUGCCUUGGCGGGAGUUCUUCCUCGGUCUUUUCUAUCUAUGGAUUACGACGGACGCGUAAUGCGCCUAGAUAGUUUCAGCAAAAUCGUUGCCCCUGGAAUGCGACUCGGCUGGGUCACGAGCAACAGCUUCUUCGCAGAGAAGCUUGACAUGCUGACGGACUCGUCUUCGCAACAUCCACAUGGCAUGGGCCAAGCUUUCGUUGCCGAGUUGCUUGGCAGUGGUGGCUGGGGCGUCGAUGGCUUCAUGAAGUGGAUUUUAUCGCUGUGCAACGAGUACCAACGUCGGAGGGAUCUCUUCAUGGAUGUCUUCCGGCAGAAGGUUGCCAUUUCUGGCUUCGCUACUGCAGAGGUACCACAAUCUGGCAUGUUUGUCUGGAUCAAAAUCAACCUUGAGCAUCACGUACGGUUCUCAACAUCUCAGACCCCCACGGUGCCAGGCGGUCCGACGACGAACACCGCGGACCUCAUGGACGAGCUGUUCCGGAAGCUGCUAAAUAGCGGUUUAGUCAUGAUGCCAGCAUCGACAUUUGCCAUUGUUGAUCGCACGGGGACAACGGGAAGCCACAUUAAUGAUCGAGUGAACUUCUUCAGAGCAACAUUUGUUGGUACAGAUGUAACGAUUCGUGAUGGCCUUACGAUAUUUGGCCGCACACUAGAGGAAUUCUUCUGCUAG